AACAUUGCCAAAGAGACGAAGCGAAGUUAAAUAAUUUUGAGCUAUAAAAGUAGCGAAUUUAAGGGUUGUUUUGUUUGUUAUGUUAAUCUAAACAGUGGUUUGGACAAAUCUUCAGAUUGUAAUUAUACUAUGUAUAAUCAAUUUUGAAACCCAAAUCAUUGUUGUUUUAUUGUGUUGUGUACGCCAUCGGUCCAUUAUCUGAAGAUUUAUCACCUGUUUGCUGAUGGUGCUAUGCGACUAAAGUUAAUCGCGAAGUAUAAUGGAGAGAAAUGAAAAGGAUAAAGCUAAGAAUGUGCGUCGAAGUGCAAAGGGCUCUCUUACGAGGGUUAUCAAGGCAGCGAAGGAAAUUAUUGAGGCAAACCGGUCAAAGGAUGAAGUAAGCGAAGCGUUUGAAGAUGUAAAAAAGGUCCAUAAAGUUUUGUUGACGAAGCAUGAGGAAUAUGCUAUUAUGUUGAGCGAUGAAGAGUUUGAAGAAUCUGAAGCCUGGAUGCAAGCCUGCACAAGUGAGUACAUAGCCUGUUCCAUUUUAUGUCAUGACUAUGUUAAUAAGAAAACUGAUGGAAAUGGUACGAACAUUGUGAAUGAGGAGGUCCAAAAUGCAGAAAAUAUUGAUGGAGUUAAUGUAGCUGAAGGAAGCAAUGGUGUUAUAGAACAGCCUGGAACUGGAAGUAGUAGUGAUAAUGGGGAAAGUGAACUAAGCACAAUCCCAAGUUCCGAAGCAGUAAAGCCCAGUACUAAGUCGCCAAAGUCCUUUACCGUUAAGCAUGAAAAAGCCAAACUACCAGUAUUUUCAGGUGAUGUUCGACAAUAUUUCAUAUUCAAGUCGGAUUUCAAGCACGCAGUUGAAGCACAGUAUUCUGAAAGAGAUACAUUGACAGUACUACGUUCAUGUUUAAGCUCUGAGCCAGCUAAGUUGAUAGAAGGAAUAAGUUCUGAUCUAGCUGCUGCAUGGAAGUAUCUCGAUCAAAAUUAUGGGGAUCCUCGAGUUGUGUCAGAUACGGUUACCCUUGAUCUGGAAAGAUUCAAAAGUAUACAACUUGGAGAAGAUAAUCGUUUUUGCCAUUUGGUAAAUUUAGUGAGAAGGUCAUACAACAUCUUGAAAGAAAUUAAACGCCCUCAAGAUAUGGAUAACACACAUGUGAUAUCUCUAAUAGAAAGAAAGAUGAGCGAAGAUGACCUAAGAGUUUGGGCACGGCAUCUGAACUCUGGAAGGCUUGAACCAUCAAUGGAUAACCUUCUAUCCUGGAUGGAGGGGGAGAUGACCGCUCGAAUGCGCUCUGGGGCUCAAAUCCGCAAAAAUGUCAAAUCAAGUCGUGUUUAUGUGUUUGGCUCCAAGAAUGAAAAUGGUGAUGGAAAACAAAGAGAUCAACGACCAAUGUGGAAACAGUGUUAUGUGUGUCAAGGUCAACAUUAUGUGGAUGAGUGCAAAAGAUUUUGUGAUAUGACCCCAAACGAGCGAUGGAAAAUAGUGAAGGAUCAACGAGCAUGUUUCUGUUGUCUGAAGAAAGGCAAAGGACAUACAGUUGCUAAUUGCACACGAAAGAAAGAUUGCGGGGAAAACAACAGUCGGGUAUCGUCUGCAAUAAGCCUCAUCACAAGCUCCUCCAUGUUGAUGCAAAUGAAUCUGCUGCACACGUUGGCUCUACACAAGAUGGUGGUGGUACCUUAUUACCUGUUCUUCUUGGUCAAGUGA